UUUAAUUCCGGCCCCAUCCGAACAACCCUGACUCCAAGCAUUCAACGGCACUACGAACGAGCGUACACUGAAAUCGAAGUCAGAGAAUCACUCUGAUGAGAUGGAACAGAUUCAGCACAAAUUCCUCAAUGUAGGAGGCCUCAAGCUUCACGUCGCCGAUAUCGGAACCGGUCCUAACGUCGUCGUUUUCCUGCACGGCUUCCCUGAGAUAUGGUACAGCUGGCGCCACCAGAUGAUCGCCCUCGCCGCAGCCGGCUUCAGAGCUAUUGCUCCCGACUUCAGAGGCUACGGCCUUUCUGAUCCCCCACCUGAACCCGACAAAGCUACCUUUUCUGACCUUAUCAGUGACCUACUCGGACUUCUCCACGAACUCCGUCUUGCUAAGGUUUUUCUAGCUGCAAAAGAUUUUGGAGCUCGACCUGCAUAUUUAUUUGCAAUUCUACACCCGGAAAAAGUCUUAGGUGUUAUAUCACUGGGAAUUCCAUACAGGCCUCCCAGCUUCUCUUUUUACGACAAAUACCUUCCUGAAGGCUUCUACAUUCUAAGAUGGCGGGAACCAGGAAGGGCCGAGGCUGAUUUUGGACGUUUUGAUGCUAAGACAGUUGUGAGAAACAUUUACAUCCUCUUUUCAAGGAGUGAACUACCAAUAGCUGAGAAAAACCAGGAGAUUAUGGACUUGGUGGAACCAUCAACCCCUCUUCCCCCUUGGUUUACAGAAGAAGAUCUUGCAGCGUAUGGAGCAUUGUAUGAGAGAUCUGGAUUCCAAACUGCAUUGAAGGUUCCAUACAGGUCAUUCAAUGAAGAAUUCAACUUAUCAGAUCCGAUAGCCAAAGCUCCAGCACUUCUUAUUGUUGGUGAGAAGGAUUAUUUUCUGAAAUUUCCAGGGAUUGAGGAUCUGAUAAAGAGUGGAAAGGCGAAAGAACUUGUCCCCAAUUUGGAGAUUACGUUCAUUCCCGAGGGAACCCAUUUUGUUCAAGAGCAAUUCCCUGAAAGAGUUAAUCGGCUCAUCCUUGACUUCCUUGGUAAGCACAUUUGAUUUUGAACUUCACUAUUGGCUCUUAGCCAUUUUAAUGUUUAUAUAUGAGAUUUGAAACUUCAUGUAUUCCACCAAGUAUGUGCUUUUGGCUGAAGAGAACUACACAACUGUUUGCUCUUA